AUUAAGGUAGAUAUUAUUCUACGUGGAUAACGUUCCAAUCCAAGAGUUCUCUCAGUUUGUUCGUUUAACGAGCGAAGACACGAUAAAAAGCUCAUAUAUUUCGUUAACUUUGCCGUGAAGAAAAGAAUAUAAGCAAAUAUCCAAAAAAGAGAAAGGAAGAGAGAGAGAGAAAGUACAUAUCGCAGAAGAAUAUCACAAUUUCAAGUGCAACAGAUAUUUAUCAAUUAAAAAGUUAAAAUGAGUAAAGAUGCACCUCCACCUGGAUUUGUUCCACCUCCUGCAUAUAACUUAAGUGGUCCACCACCACCAGUACCACCACAACAACAUCAGAAUGUGAUAAUAGUGCCUGGUACCUCUUUUGGGUCAACUACACAACCAAUGACAUGUCCAUAUUGUGGAAGUAGCAUAUCCACUUGUGUGGAGAGCGAAUCUAACACAAAGACACAUUUAUUUGCUCUGUUACUUUGUCUUGUCGGAUGUUGGUGUUGUGCACCCAUACCCUAUUGUAUGGAUAGUUGUUUAGUACAGAAGCAUUAUUGUCCAUCAUGUAGAGCUUUCUUAGGACAAUCUAGCAAUUGAUUUGACUUAUUAAUACAGAAAUACAUGCUGCUCUUCCUUUUGUCAUUCUUUUAUUGUCUUAUCUAUUUUGAAUAGAUUGAGAAUCUAUUUUAUCUUUUUUUUUUUUUUUUUCUUUUAUUUUUCUUUUAUUUAUAAAUAUAUAUUCCUAAAUUGGAAACUAUAAAGAAAGUUCUAUUAAUUGUGAACAAUCGUGCCUUCUAUCUUAGAAAUACAAUAUCUAACCUUUUUGAAUAUCUUAAAUAUAUAAGAAUUGAAAAAUAAUUGUAUAUCCAUAAUGAUAGUAUAUCCAUAAGUAUUGUUUGUGAAUAGGUAAUUUGUUAUGGAUUCCUAUUAAUACAAUUUCAUAUACAAAAAAUAAUGAAUUUCUACUUAAUGUAUAGAACCGUAAAUUUGCAUUCAAUUUUAUGAUACUGUUAAUGAUUAAAUAUAAAAAUUUGUUAUAUGCAUAAAAAAUAAUAUAUAUAUAUAUAUUAAUAAUUUACAUAAAUAUUUUAAAUAUAUAAUAUAAAUUAAUAAUAUAUUAAAUAUAUAUAGGCAUAGUUUAACUAACAAAUUCUAAAGAUUAUUUCUGUUUGUAUACUUUCUUUAUUAUUUUGAUACGAUAAAUGCAUACAUGUAUAUGUGUGUAUAUCUAUAUAUAAAUGGACAAUGGCAGUAUGACCAAAAAUUUUAAUUAAUUAUAAAACUAAAAAAGCUCUGACGCACAAUAUAUUAAUGCCAGCUAUAUUUUCUGUAAGAGUAUUUUUUUUUAUUGCUUUUUAAAUAGAUCACUUAAUUCAUUUAUAAUCUUUUUUUUUUCUUUCUUGAAUAAAGCAUAAUUUUUGCAAUAUUAAUCUUA